AUGCGGUCCCUGAACAUCACGCCGGAGGGGUUCGCGCAGCUCCUGCGGGAGAACAACGUGACCCGCGAGCAGUUCAUCGCGCGCUACGGGCUGCAGCCGCUGGUCUACAUCCCCGAGCUGCCCGGCCGCGCCCAGCUGGCCUUCGCGCUCGCCUGCGCGCUCAUCUGCGCCCUGGCGCUCUUCGGGAACGGCCUGGUGCUCUACGUGGUGGCGCGCCGCAAAGCCAUGCGCACCGUCACCAACAUCUUCAUCUGCUCGCUGGCGCUCAGCGACGUGCUCAUCGCGCUCUUCUGCGUGCCCUUCACGCUGCUGCAGAACGUGUCCCGCAACUGGCCUGGCGGUGCCUUUGCCUGCAAGAUGGUGCCGUUUGUCCAGUCCACUGCAAUAGUUACUGAGAUUCUUACAAUGAGCUGCAUUGCUGUGGAAAGAUACAAUGGCAUUGUCCACCCUCUAAAAAUGAAAUGGCAGUACACCAACAGAAGAGCGUACAAAAUGCUUGGUAUAGUCUGGUUGCUGGCAGCUAUUGUUGGGUCACCUAUGUGGCACGUACAGCGACUAGAGAAUAAAUAUGACUUCCUUUAUGAUAAAGAAUAUGUUUGCUGCUUGGAAGAAUGGGCCAGUUCUGUUCACCAAAAGAUAUAUGCUACUUUCAUUUUGGUCAUUCUCUUCCUUCUCCCCUUGAUGCUGAUGCUCUUGCUCUACAGUAAGAUUGGUUGUGAGCUCUGGAUUAAGAAAAGAGUUGGGGAUGCUUCUGUUCUGCAAACCAUUCAUGGGAAUGAAAUGUCCAAAAUAGCAUGGAAAAAGAAGCGAGCAAUUAUCAUGAUGAUAACUGUUGUGGUUUUGUUUGCCGUUUGCUGGGCUCCUUUUCACGUAAUGCAUAUGAUGAUUGAAUACAGUAAUUUUGAAAAGGAGUAUGAUGAUGUCACCAUUAAGAUGAUCUUUGGUAUAGUUCAGGUAAUUGGGUUUUCCAAUUCCAUUUGCAACCCCAUCGUGUAUGCCUUUAUGAAUGAGAACUUCAAGAAAAACUUCGUCUCUGCAAUUUGCUUUUGCGUUCUAAAAGAAAACCGGGCCCCAUCUAAGCGACAUGGAAACUUGGAAAUUACGAUGAUACAACGAAAGGAAGCUGUUUGUAAGAGAGAGACAGUCUCCUUAGAUGAGAGCGGAAGAGAAGCAUUCAGUGAAGGGAACAUUGAAGUAAAACUCUGUGAUCAGCCCUUUGCCAAAAAGAAUUCCAGGAGACACCUUGCUCUGUUUACAUCUGGACUUGCUGGGCAGGCUUCACUGGGUUGCUAA